AUGUUUACACCUAUUGUCCAUAUCUUAAUGCUUAUUUCAUCUUUUUUUUCAAUACUUACAACUAUUACUUAUGUCAUUUUCAAAAAACAUAGAACAUUUCAACUUAAAUUAAUAGUUUAUCUCUGUUACUCAUUGUGUAUCCAAUAUUUAUUUGUUGUUUUAUCAUUUUCAUUCAAAGCAGGGUCCGAAGUAUGUAUUGGAAAUAGUAUAGUUCACCAUUAUUUUUAUUUAAAUGUUAUUUUGUGGAACACUUGUGUUGCAUUCAAUUUCUAUCAAGUAUUUAUUAAAAAUAACAAAGAUGCAGAAAACUAUGAAAUUUACUAUCAUUUAAUCGUAUAUGGAAUUCCAUUUAUUGAUUGUUUAUUCAAUGCAAUCAAAAGAAAUUAUGGAGUUGUUAGUGACCAUUGUUCUAUUGUAGGCGAUCUAUGGUAUAUUUUAGGUUUAUAUGUUCCAGGUUUAAUUUGUUUUGUAGUGAACAUGACAAUAUAUAUUGUACUUUCAUUUAAAAUUGGAUAUAUCUUAAAGAAUACACCUGCAACCUAUAGAAAAGAUAAAUCAAAAGAAUUAAAAGUUCAUCUAUCAAUAUUUGUAUCUACAGGAAUUCUAGGUUUCGUUAGUUUUCUAAUAACUUUUAUUGCAUAUUUCUCAAAGAAUUCAAUUCUCUAUUGGUUCUUCUAUAAUUUAUGUUUACCACUUGAGGUAGAGGAGGUCGGUCUCUUUAUACUUUUACUUUAA